GAUGGGGCUAUUUAAACUGGUCCGCUCCACAAUGAUAUUCAAUGGUUUAUGGAGACUAGGAACAGAUAAUUUGUCGACUUCGCAGAAGAAACUAUAUAUUUUGUACUCGAUAUUUGCGCAAAUCGUGUACGUGUCAACGCCAGUUCUACUAGCUGCUAAUUUUCCCAAAUUGUUUCGUACUGAUGUCACUGCAGGUAUCGAAGCUCUUUCAAAAUUUUUUUACGCCGUUCUGAUAAUAACUAAAGUAUUUGUGUAUCAGUCUGAAUCGAUUAGGCAACUCCUUUCCAACGCAAUUCACGAAGAGUCAAUUCUAUUUGAUGAAAACGAUGUAGUGGGAUGCAAAAUUUACAAGAGGCAUGUACUAUUUUGCAGCAAGCUGUCAAAAUUUCUGUUUUUUUCUGCAAUUUUCGGAGGUUCUCUAUUAAUUGAGAUGGGAUUGGUCAGCACAUACAAAUACACCGGGAAUCAGAAACACAGUAAUCAAUCCCUUGAAAUCUAUCUUCCUCUUACAUUAUGGUAUCCAGUAGACGUGAACAAAUACUACAAUUGGCUUUUAUUAGAACAAAUUGUGGAUAUAGUCUUAACAUCUACUUGUGCCCCCACGCUUCAAAUUUUUGCUACAACAUUGCUGAUAUUUAUUCAGGCCGAACUUGAAAUACUACAAUAUCACUUCCGGAAUCUAGGCUGCUUGGAUAGUACAAACCUAAAUACCAUCAGUUAUGAUGUCGCUAGAAAUUUAAAGUUACUGUGCAGGAAGCAUCAAAAGUUGAUUAAGUACGUUAUGGCCGUAAAUAAAUGCUUCACCCACGUCAUGUUUUUGGAAUAUAGCGUUUCGUCAGUAAUGCUUGCAACAGCAGUCUGUCAAGUGAUUGCAGGACAAAAUCUAGCAUUUAAUGGAGCAUUUGCUGCAAUGAUGAUUAGUCAGUUAUUACUUUUGGCGUGGAAUUGUGAUGAAGUUAUAGUUCAGAGCGGCGCUCUUGCCACAGCCCUUUACGAAAGUAAAUGGUACGAACAAUGUUACCAUACGCAAGUUCUCCUGCAAAUCAUGCUCAUGAGAAGCCAAAAACCUUUAAGUAUGUCUAUAGGUCCAUUUGGAUCCUUAACAGCUGAUGCUGCUAUGUCGCGUGUCAGAAUGGCAUAUUCGUACACAACUGUGAUGACCGGGAAUUAGAAAUAGAGAAAGAUAAAUUUCAAAGAAGACGAAAAUGAAAUUUCUACCAUCAUUCUUUUCAUUAAAAAAAAAAAAGUAUAACAGAAUAUAUGCAAACGGAAUAUGAAGGCAAAGAAGGCACGCUGUUCUUUAGAAACAAAAGAGAAUGUUUCAAGGAUUGUUAUAGAAAGAAAAUCUAUUCUCUGGAUUCAAUCAAAAUAUCAAUUCAUGAGUUGCUUUAGUAGA